GGCAUCGCCGCGGCUGGCUGCGGCCGCGGUGGCGGCGCCGCGCCGCCUCACCUCCCCUCGCCUUGCCUGGCCGCUCUCCGCCGCGGAGGGGCGGCGCUGCCUCUCCGCACUCCCCCUCCCGGCGCCCCCGCUCCGACUCCGAGAAGGGCGCGGGGAGCCCCCCACGCUCCCCCUCGGCGCGGCGGCGGAGUUUGAGCCGGCGGCGGCUCGGGUGCGAUGCCGUGUUAGCCGGCGGCCCGCCCCCCGAGGUAGCGCCGGCGGAAAGGGGUGCGAGUUGCCGGGGCUGUGUCUUGGCACCAUGGGCACCGGGCUGGGGGUCGCGGCGGGUGGGCUCCCUGCGCGUUCCGGCUGAGCCCAGGGAUGUGCCGGCGCCCUGUGGAAAUAUUCUGGGAAUAGCGCGGAGCGGUCCGAGGAGGACGAGCGGCACAGCGAUUCACCAGCUGAGAGGAGGUCGCCCGGUGGUGCUGUACAGGCAAACAAAUAUCGCUUGCUGUGCCAUAGCACAUGGAUUUCAGGACCACCUGUGAAGAGACAAAGACAGGGAUUUGUUUGCUGCAGGAUGGUAACCAGGAGCCUUUCAAAGUGCGACUGCACUUAGCCAAAGAUAUUUUGAUGAUCCAGGAGCAGGAUGUGAUCUGUGUGUCUGGUGAGCCUUUCUAUUCUGGUGAAAGAACAGUAACAAUUAGAAGACAGACUGUAGGAGGAUUUGGAUUAAGUAUAAAGGGUGGAGCAGAACAUAAUAUUCCAGUGGUCAUUUCUAAGAUUUCCAAAGAACAAAGAGCGGAGCUGUCAGGUUUGCUCUUUAUAGGAGAUGCAAUUCUGCAGAUUAAUGGAAUUAAUGUGAGAAAAUGCAGGCAUGAAGAAGUGGUUCAGGUCCUUCGUAAUGCAGGGGAAGAAGUGACCCUAACUGUGUCCUUUCUGAAAAGAGCACCUGCUUUUCUCAAACUGCCUCUGAAUGAAGAUUGUGCAUGUGCCCCCAGUGACCAGAGCAGUGGCACAUCCUCUCCCCUAUGUGACAGUGGUUUGCAUCUCAACUACCAUCCCAACAACACGGAUACAUUGUCAUGCUCCUCAUGGCCAGCAUCCCCAGGACUUAGGUGGGAAAAAAGAUGGUGUGAUCUCCGAUUAAUUCCACUUCUUCAUUCACGGUUUUCCCAGUACCUUCCAGGAUCAGAUUUGUGCAGGCAAAAUGCAUUCCAAGUAAUUGCUGUGGAUGGGGUUUGCAGUGGAAUAAUUCAGUGUCUCUCUGCUGAAGACUGUAUUGACUGGCUACAAGCAAUAGCAAGUAACAUUUCCAACCUCACAAAGCACAAUAUUAAAAAAAUCAACAGGAAUUUUCCCGUAAACCAGCAGAUAGUCUACAUGGGCUGGACGGAAGAACGGGAACAAGACUCCCUUCAGGAUCGAAUGUACACACCAAAGUUUCUAGCAUUGAGGGGAUCCUCCCUAUAUAAGUUUUUAGCACCUCCAGUCACAACCUGGGAUUGGACACGAGCUGAGAAAACGUUUUCAGUCUAUGAGAUAAUGUGCAAAAUUCUCAAGGACAGUGAUCUGCUGGACCGGCGGAAACAUUGCUUCAGCGUCCAGUCUGAAUCUGGAGAAGAUCUUUACUUCUCUGUGGAGCUAGAGUCUGACCUAACACUAUGGGAAAAAGCCUUCCAAACAGCAACUUUUUUAGAAGUUGAACGGAUACAGUGCAAGACAUAUGCCUGUGUUUUGGAGAGUCAUCUUAUGGGACUUACCAUCGACUUCAGCAUGGGCUUUGUCUGUUUUGAUGCUGCCACAAAGGCUGUCCUUUGGAGGUACAAGUUUUCCCAGCUCAAAGGUUCUUCAGACGACGGGAAGAGCAAAAUCAAAUUCUUGUUCCAAAACCAAGAUACUAAACAAAUUGAAGCAAAGGAGCUGGAAUUUUCCAACCUGUUUGCAGUCCUUCACUGUAUCCACUCAUUCUUUGCAGCCAAAGUGGCUUGUUUGGACCCUUUGUAUGUUGGCAGUCAAGCCACAGCUUCUGCUGCUCCCACAACUUCUGGUACUGGCAAAUUAAAGUAUACUACUUGACAUCUCACAUUACAGCACUGCCACUUACCAACAAGACAUUACAAUGUAUAAAUAUUCAUAAGAUGUAGACCUUUGAUGAACCAUGUACAUGGAAACCAAUCCUGGAGGCAAGACAUCUUGCAGCAUCAGCAGAUAAAUGGUCACGUGGGAUCAUAAAUUCAUCUCUGUUCUGCAAGGCAUCAGUAAAUAAUCCUAGUCAAACCCCCAGAAUAGGAUGGAUAUGCUUUUAGUAUGAUCUAUUUGUACUUACAUAGUGCUUUAAAGCAACACUGGAAGCAAAGGAAUAAAUGCUGAGAUGAAGCACUUCAGUAUUUAAUAAAAUUUUCAAAUUGCUGUAAUAAUAAACAAAUAGAAUUGUCAUCUUCCUGUUUUCAGAUGUUUUUAAUGACAAUAUACUAAACUCUGAGUAUGAACUUAAUACCCUAUCAUCAUAUUAGAAAUGGCAUAAGAGCAAGCAGCGAGCAUAUAGUACAUGAUGACAAGGAGAUAAGCAUGAAAAGGCAUUGGUGUAAGUAUCUCCUCAAAUAAGAAAGCACUUUAAGCACUGCUGUAAAUCCAUACUUGUGUCCAUACAUGGAGUCAUGCUGCUUUGCCUAGCCUGUUCUUUUAGCCUAACGAUAACAACGGCAAAGACAGAGCCAUAUUGGAUACGUACGUUAAAAAACAGCUCACAAAGCAAAACAUCCUUCUGUGAGUACGUCCCUCUUCACAGUUCUUCACAGGAAGAGAGAUUGGCCUUUGGAAUGGGCUGCCCAGGGAGGUGGUGGAGUCACCAUCACUGGAGGUAUUUAGGAAGAGACUGGAUGGGGUGCUUGGUGCCAUGGUUUAGUUGAUCAGAUGGUGUUGGGUGAUAGGUUGGACUUGAUGAUCUCAAAGGUCUUUUCCAACCUGGUUAAUUCUAUUCUAUUCAGGUAAAAAUAAUGUGAUAUGCAUCUCAUUUUAAUUACAAAGUAAGUAUAAAAUACCAUGUCUGCUAUCUACUGCCUCCCUCUACUUUUGUCCAGAAUUAAAUUCUGUGAAUCUAUUAGAUUUUGCUCACAGAUCUUAGGUGUUGAAUUUGUUGCAGAGACAAUCCACUUAAUAUGUUGUUUCUGUGUUUAACCUUGAUUUCACUUCAUAAGCAGAACCUCUAUUCUACUCAGGCUCUCAGCAAAACAGAUAUCCUACAUUAUGCUUGGAAAAAAUGAGUUCACCCUUUAAAGUCUUAAUCAUUUCUUUUUGGUUUGUAUUGUGAGUACAAGACAGGACUAAAUUAAAUAACGUGGAAAGAACAGGUGACAGAAUGCAUAAUGUCUUUGUAUGCAGCACUCUGGACCACAUAGGAGCUCCAGAGUGUGAUGCAGUGAGGAAAUCUGAAGGAGUUGUAAAUUUCAAAUCGAUAACUUCAUUUGAAUAUCACUUUGCAAAAUAAUGUAAUGUUAUGCUAUUAUACACAUCAGUGAAGAGGGGAAAAUGGUGGGAGGGUGUGUGGGAUAGCUAAAACAAUAGGAAAGGUG